GGGCCCCGCCCCCUCGUUGCACGGCCGCUGGUCUCCAGUUGCUGCCGCCUCCGCCCCAGCUGCAGGACCCCGGAGUCCGAAGUGGCGGGAGCAGGCGGGUACCCGCGGGCAGCAUGCGGGAUUCGGAGGAUGCGGCCAUGCGGUCCCCAUUGGCAACUGAAGUGGAGGAGGAGGUGGGAUCUGAGGAAGAAGAACUGUGGGAGAAGAUCGAGGGUAUCCGGCACAAGCUGACACGAGCCCUCAACCCCGCCAAGCUUACCCCAUAUCUACGCCAGUGUCGGGUGAUUGAUGAGCAAGAUGAAGAGGAGGUCCUAAGCACCUAUGGUUUUCCCUGCAGGAUCAACCGAACUGGGCGAUUGAUGGAUAUCCUGAGAUGUCGAGGCAGGCGAGGCUAUGAGGCUUUCCUGGAGUCCCUGGAAUUCUACUACCCAGAGCACUUCACGUUACUUACGGGGAGGGAGCCUGCUCAGCGCUGUUCCAUGAUCCUCGAUGAGGAGGGUCCCGAGGGCCUGACCCAGUUCCUGAUGACAGAGGUGAGGCGGCUGCGAGAGCAACGCAAGGCUCAGCUACAGAGGGAGCAGCAGUUGCAGGCCCAAACUCGGGCUCUGGAGGAGGAGCGGGCCACGCUGGAACGCAAGCUAGGGGAGCAACAGCAGGCCCAAGAACGGUGUCAGCGACUCCGGGAGGACUGGGAAUCGGGCAGCCUGGAGCUCCUGAGGCUCAAGGAGGAGAACUACAUGAUAGCCAUGCGCUUGGCCCAGUUGAGUGAAGAGAAGAAUACAGCUGUCUUGCGCAGCCGAGACCUGCAGCUGGUGGUAGACCAGCUUCGGUGCAAAGUGAGCCGGCUGGAAGAAGAGUGCACGAUGCUCCGGAGAGCCAGGAGCCCGGCCCCCUCCUCCCUGGACGUGGAAGAGAAGGAGCCCGAAGCACCUGACCUAAUCUCCGAACUCCAGGCUGAGAAUCAGAGACUGACCACUUCCCUUCGAGAGCUUCAGGAAGGACUUAAGCAGGACCCCGGCUCGGAGCAGAUCCUCUUGGACAUCUUAGAACAUGACUGGAAGGAAGCUCAGGAUGAUCGCCAGGAACUCUGUCAGAAGCUCCAUGAUGUCCAGGGAGAGCUCCAGUGGGCGGAGCAGCUUCGGGACAAGUACCUACGGGAGAUGGAAGACCUACAACUCAAGCACCGCACUUUGCAGAAAGAUUGCGGCCUCUAUAAGCACCGAAUGGCCACUGUCCUGGUACAACUGGAGGAGAUUGAGAAGGAGAGGGACCAGGCCAUCCAGAGCCGGGACCACGUUCAGCUCCAAUAUUCUAAGAGUCUGAUUGAGAAGGACCAGUACCGGAAGCAGGUGCGAAGCCUGGAGGCCGAGAGGGAUGAGCUGCUGACCACAGUCACCCGGCUGGAGGGGGCUAAGGGCUUGCUGGAAGCCCAGCUCCAGCGGGUCCAGGGCAGUGCUGGCAUGAAGGCCUGCAACUCUUCUCACUCCCUGUGCUCCAACCUCAGCAGCACCUGGAGUCUCAGUGAGUGCCCCUCUCUGUUGGGGAGUCUAGACGUGCCCGGGGAGACCACCCCUUCUGGAGGCUCUGAGCCCCGUACAUUGGAGGAGAUGGUGGACAGUGAAAAGGAGAUCAACCGCCUCUCCAUCCUGCCCUUCCCCCCCAGCGCCGGCUCCAUCCUCCGGCGGCAACGAGAGGAAGACCCUGCACCCCCAAAGAGGUCCUCCAGCAGCACAUCCGACAUACCAGGGAGCAUCACCCACAAGCCGUGGUCUCCUGGGCUUUCCUCAUCCUCAUCCUCUGAUGUUCUGUGGCCCACAGGAAAGUCAGACGCUCGAGGCUGUAGCUCAGAGGUGCUGAACAGGUCACUAGCUACACGGGCCUCAUCUAGACAGAGUCCUCCAGGUGGUCCAGAAUCCCAAGAGAAGGGAACAGAUAGCACAUCUUUCCUUGGGAGCAACCACUCUGGAGUGGUUCUACGUCGGGCACUGUCAGGCCCAGGAACAGAAUCCACAGUGGAGCUGAGAAGAGACAAUACCAGCCGGGAGGAUGCCCAGGGCCAGCUGAGCACCCUACACAGGAACAAGGCCGACAACUUCUUCACCUUCUUCCCGAAUAUGAAAGUCUGCCCAUCCUCUAGGGAAGAAUCUGAUACCGCCAGCAAGAAAGGAUCGUCAGGGGCCGAGCCCGUCUACGUCCGAGCCAACCAUCCCUUGCCUGAGCAGGCCGACCCCCGGGCUCUGUGUGUGAAAGGCCAGGAGAUCCUACGUGUGGUGGACCUAACCUACAAAGGCCGGCCUGAGUGGUACUGUGCCCGAGUCGAUCCCCUCACCCUUCGAGACCUGGACAAGGGCACAGUGCCCAAUUUCCAGAGAGCCCAGCAGCUCCUGGAGGCCCAGGACAAGUGCCCACACUACGGUCGUUCUAGGAGUCACCGAAGUAAUCUAAAGAAACGUGCCUUAGACCAGCUCCGUCUGGUGAAACCCAGACUCUCAAUGGGGCCGGGUGAUCCUCAGGAGCAGCUGUUGCUAGACCCUUGCCAAGAGCCUGACCGGAGCACCAAGCCCUAUAGCUUGGUCCGGCCCCUGCUGGUGAACUCGCUCCGUCCUGUGGUGCUGUCCCCGGAAUGCCUGGCCCCCCGCUUAAUCCGAAACCUGUUGGACCUGCCUACGUCGCGCCUGGAUUUCCACGUGUGUCCAGCGGAGAGCCUCACUGGAGAGGAAGCGCUGGUCUCCACGCCACCGGGCGCCCCCUCGGCCCAUCCUGUUCCUCAGGGUCUCGGUGUGAGGGUCCGGACCAUCCAGGAAUCUAUUGGAAAGAACAAACACUGCUUGCUGGAGUUGAGCCCCCAGAGUGUGAGGGAGCUGGUGCGGAGUGAGAUCUACCCCAUUGUCAUCCACGUGGACGUGACAGAUAAGAAUGUUCGGGAAAUCAGGAGUUUGCUGGGCCGCCCCGGCUGGCGGGACUCGGAGCUCCUGAGGCAGUGCCGAGGCGGGGAGCAUUUGCUGUGGGACCUGCCGUGCUCCUGGGCACGGGUGGACACGCACGCCUGGGCCCACGCAGAGGAACUGGCCAAGGUGGUUCGAGGUCGGAUUCUGCAGGAGCAGGCCCGGACCGUGUGGGUGGAAUGUGGCGACAUCUGACAGCCGGAGGCGGGUGGGUUGGCCCCCAAAGCAGAACACGUGACCCAAAGGACUCGUUUCCCAGCUGGUCUGGGGCCUCUUGCUUUGGGGCGACCUGCCUUUCCUUUCCCUCGACUCCUUCCUUCUCCAAGCACUUUGAAGGUGGUGCAGUCCUCCCUCGCUCUGAGAGGUGAUCCUAGCUGCCUGUCUUGGAAGACUGACUGACCUCUGGCUGUCGGGAGGUGGGCGGGAUGGAUGGAUCCCUUGUUCUGCUCCUCUCGGGGCAUUCGGCACCCUGGCUGGGAUCCGAGUGGUUGGGAUGCGGGUCCUUCAUUUCCACGCCCUUCCUCCUGAACAGCCUUUUAACCCCAGGCUCCUAUCCAGAGGAAAACCUAGCUUGGACUGUUGAGCAAAAUCUUGAAAGCAGGGAUUCCUAACCUGGGGUCCACAGCUCCCCAAACGCAAGUGAGAACACAUAGAUGUCAUGCACAGAAUCUAUGGAGAGAUUUCAGGGGGUCUGUGAACCUGGUCGACUUCUGACCUAAUUUUCGUAUUGCCUUCAAUUAUGAAUGUAGUGAAUAAGCCGCGAUACUGAGAAAGGAUCCAUCGGCAUCCCGCCCCUGGGCCGCAGGAUGUAAACAGAGUUGAGAGCCCUUGACCUAAAGGGCGUGAGUCUGGCUGCUGCUCCUUCUGCCCUGGGAUGCUCUCAUGCACGUGAAAGUACGCUUGCCUUUCAUACGUAUGUGUUCCUUCUCCUUCGUUUAGGUUUCUUACCUCUGCCUACAUGUACACACAAGUACAUACAGACACGUAGCAGUCACACAGUUGUGGCCCUGGCCACGUUCACAGACAUAUGUGGACACGCACCCACAAUGCACUUGUCACACGUGUAUACAUUCUCAUUCAUGUGGGCAAAGACAGCAUCAAGCCUGUGGAUCUGGGAUCCCCUCGUUUUACAGAUGCCCCAGGGAAGGGCAGUAAUUUUCUUAAGUGGUAAAUGCCAAAGGCAGGAUUUGAAUCCAAGCCCUCUGGGUCCAAAUCCAGAUUUCUUCCUCCUGUACCACAUUGUUAUACGGUAUGGUAUAUAUGCCCACAAUUCAAUCCACUGAUGACCUGUGCACAUGUGGCUACUCAGGCGUGAAUCUACAUGUUCUCGUUGUCCUGCUGAUUUACCUGCCUGCAGUUAUACAUACCUCCUCCCAUGGACUCUCCUCAUUGCCAUGUCUCUUCCAUGUAUGCAAACGUAGAAGCACGUGGUCUCCCUGUAUUUGCAGAGUUUGCCCGUGUUCACGUGUAUCUCCUUGUUGUCCCAUGUGAUCACCUCUUCAUGCUCUCACAUACAAUCUCACCCCAACGUUUGCACACGCGUGUGCAUCUGCACAUGGCUAGGUUCCCCUGAAAAAUACUAAAUGAAAGCUGUAGAAACUCCUGGGUUGGCUAAAACUGGAGACUUUGAUGUGUAUAAGUUAUUAGGUGCCUCUUUUUAUUAGGAAUCUGUGUACAAAGAAGAAAAUUAAAUGCCAUUUGUAACAGAAA